AAAUUGCCGUGUCUUGUGAGAGAUGCUCCUAAAACACAAGUGAGCCACAGAGACAGAGAUGCACAGGUGACUGCUGCUUCUUCACUUCAGCUGCUGUCAGAGGGACUGCUAUGGAGGCCUUUGGCCUAAGGAGGACCCAGUCACUGAGGAGUCUCUCUGGGGCUCAGGAGAGAUCAUGGGCCAUGCCAGUUCCCACCCGAUGGGAGAGGAAGUCAGUGUAUCAGUUGGUGCAACAUUACCAAAGCUCCGAUGACCUGAGGAGUGUUGACACAGUGGAGCAGAAACAUCAGGUGUCUGAAAGCUUUGCGGACAGUCGACGUAGAAAGCUGGAGAGCAGGGAGAAUCACAUCAAAUUUGAAAAUGUGGGCCUCCGAGAAUCUGGAAGACGCUCGAACCUGUCCAGGAGUCGCUCUAUGGACUUCCUCCCUCAGAGGGCAUCAACAGGCACCAAAGCUCUGCGUGCCCUGUUUGAGUCCAAGGCCACCCUGCAGCAAGGCUACAACAGCAGCCCUCGGCUGAACGCAGCAGCUGCUACUGGCUGGAAGACAGGGAGAGACUGCCCUCUGCAGGACUGGAGAAGUCACAACACUCCCUUAAAGGACACAACAAAUCAGAGAACCGCCCAGGUGGAACGAGGAAAGGCCACGAAUGGGUUGCCAGAGUCUUACGACAGAGCAUCCAGAUACUCACACGAUGACAAACAUAGUCCAGCACUGACUAAGGGGGGCACCCCAGCAAGACAAUCCAGAGACAGGAUAACUACCUCCUCCUCAGUGAGAGACAGAUCAGCUCUCUAUCUGUCAAGAGCAGCAGCUAUCGACUCCACAGGAGGCUCGACACAGCCAGAAUUCAUUGGUACUCCACGAGCAACAGCUAAAUCUAAUAAGAUGGCUGGAGCAGCCAGGAAAGUCACUGUUUCACAGUCUCAUGAUGAAGACGACCUGCCUCCCCCACCUCCUCCCCCUGUACCACCUAGACCCCUUGACUAUGAGGGGCCUUCAGAAUUAGGUAGCCUCCCUGUCCCUCCACCUAAAGACAUGUUCACCAUGUUCUACCAGCAACGGCAGAAAAGCGAGCUGAAGAGGCUCUUUAAACACAUCCACCCAGACCUACGGGCGAGUCUCGAUGAUGCUGUGGAUGAUGAUAUACUAAAGGCAGUGCAGCCAGAAAGCACUCAGGCAGCAGAUGCAGCUUAUCAGGGGGAAGUGCAGUCCAUGAAGUGGAUCUUUGAGAAUUGGACUCUGGACAACAUUGGGGAUCCUCAUGCAACCAAGAAGCUGCUGUAUGAGGAGGAGUUGAAAGGAGGAGACGUCAGAGGCACCUCCUCUAUGUUUGAGCAUAUUGACAGCACCCAACAGAUGUCUGCUAGAAGACAGACCUCCGUCACAGGAGACGUGAGAACAUCAAUGUGGCUGUUUGAAACCCAGCCCUUAGAUUCCCUGAAUCAAUCAAAAAGAGAAGAGGGCGAGCUGGUGGAAGCAGUGCUGAGAGAACCCAUCCAGCCAGGAGACGUGAGAGGGACUCGGCUGCUUUUUGAGUCCAAAACAUUGAGUGACUUGGGGCGCUGCAACUCUGUAGAAGAUCAUAGCUUCCUCAAGCUGAGAUCUGAGCUGCAGGAGCAGAAAGGAGACAUCCAGAAGACUGUGAAACUCUUCCAGCCAGAACCCUGCUGUGCCAUCAGGGACAACAGUGGCAAUAUGCAUGAGAUUAAAUCCAUCUGCAGGGAGGAGAUCAACGGCAGCAACAUCAGUACUGCUCGCUGGCUUUUUGAAACCCAGCCCUUGGACCUGAUUAAUAAGGGAACUGAAGGGGUGAAAAUUAUUCGGGGUAUAUCACUGGAAGAGGCACAAAGAGGAGGAGUUGACCAAAAGAGGUGGAUGUUUGAAACUCAGCCAAUUGACACAAUACAAGAGGUGGUGGGAGUGGACAAGUUUGAGGGAAUGGUGGCUGAAUACGCAGAAGAGGCAGAUGUUGUCAACAAGAGGAAGCUCUUUGAGAUGCAACCCCUGGCAGCGCUAAAAGGAGACUCUGAAGAAAAGUCCGUGGAAAAGGAAGAAAUUAUUGGAGGAGAUGUCAAGACUUCUCUGUGGCUGUUUGAAACUCAACCAAUGGAGACCCUUAAUGAUAGCUAUGAAGUUGGGCGUCUGAAGAAAGUCACCCUUUCGGCUGAUGAACAAGGAGAAGUAAAAGGCAAAAAACAAAUAUUUGAGGGCUGCAGCGUUCAAAAGAACAUCUCAGUCAAGGAGAAAGAAAUCGAAAAGGGGGACGUGAAAGGAUUCAAACAUCUUUUCGAAACAAUUCCUCUGAGCAAAAUUGCUCAGUCUGAUGAGGAGGUUGUUGAGCAGGAAAAGGCUGUUGCGUCAGGAAAUGUAAAAGGAAACAAAGCAAUGUUUGAGACAACUCCUUUGUAUGCUAUUAAGGACAGCACUGGAAACCUCCAUAAGGUCACGACAGUCAGCCGGGAAGAAUUAAUCAAAGGGAAGGUCCAAAACUAUAAGUGGAUGUUCGAGACCAAGCCUUUAGAUGAGCUUGCAGAGGGUAAAGGAAAUGUUGAGGUAAUCAAAGGCAUCACCAGACAGGAGGAUAAAAUGGGCGAUGUCAAGAUGGCAAAGUGGCUUUUUGAAACCCAGACAAUCGAUGGGAUCCAUUCCAAGUUCAACCAGACAGAACACAGCUCCUCUGUAGAACAGGAGCCCCAUAAAGGCGACGUCAAGACCUGUAAAUGGUUAUUUGAGACACAACCACUGGACAUUUUGUAUGACAAAGCAGAUAAAGCGAAUGAUAAAGAAGCCAUUGACAAUACCAAUGUCAAGUCCAUUACUUGGCUUUUUGAAUCGCAGCCUCUGGACAGCAUCAAGGAUGGCGAAGAGUACAAUUUGAAGCUGUGCAGCACCAUACAGGAUUCUGUCAAGUCGGAGGUUGGUGUUCAGACAGUCAAACACCUUUUUGAAACAGAAACCUUGGACAAGAUAAGAAAGGACGCAAACUCUGAACAUGAUGUGAGAUGUGUCAGCAAGGUCAACUUUCAGUCUGGAGAUGUUUCACGAGUCAGAGAACUUUUUGAAUCCCAGUCCCUUGAUGAAAUAGGAUCGGAGAUGGUGACAACAGCAUCUGAUGAACAGAACCAAGAUGAACACAUCGAAAAAGGUUCGGUACACACAUUUACGUGGAUGUUCGAGAACUGCCCCAUGAACCUGAUCAAUAAGGACAAAAACGAUGCGAACAUUCAGAGAGACGCUGAUGCCAAGGGCAGUGAUGUACAGAACAAAAAGUUUAUAUUUGAAACCUCCUCUCUGGACAAAAUCCAUGACCAACCCCUUGAACGGAAAGCAGACUCCGUGGAACAGCCUGUGAGCAAUGUUGACGUCAAGUCAAGCACAAUGAUGUUUGAGUCUCUGCCACUGUAUGCCAUCAGGGACAAGGAGGGCCAGUUUCAUGAAGUCACAACUGUGAAGAAAGAGGAGGUCUUGAGUGCUGAUGUAAGAGGAGCGAGGUGGAUGUUUGAGACAAAACCCCUCGACGCCAUCAAGGCGGAGAACGAGGUUUAUGUGAUCCGAGCUGUCACUCAAGAAGACGUCAAGAAAGGAGAUGUCAAAUCGGCCAGGUGGAAGUUUGAGACUCAACCUUUGGACUCCCUUACCAGCCGAGAUGAGGCCUCAGUCAAGGUCAUCGAAGACUUGGGAAGUAGCAAUGUACAGCUCAAUAAACAGAUAUUUGAAUCGGAGCAGUCUGGCAACAAGUUUGUGCGAAUGGUAAGCGUCACUGACGUCCAGCAUGGCGAUGUCAGGACCUCCACCUGGCUCUUUGAGAAUCAAACCAUUGACAGUCUGAAAGGGGAACCUCAGGAGCAAUGCCCAUUAAAAACAGUCCACAGAGAAGAUAACCAGAAAGGAGAUGUCAAGCGCUGCACUUGGCUGUUUGAGUCGCAGCCACUGGACAAAAUCAAGGAGUCUGGAGAUGCCUCAGUGCAUGGUCCUGACGAGGAGAUACCGAAAGCUGACGUGAAGUGCACUACCUGGCUCUUUGAGACCACUCCACUGGACAAAAUCACAGCCAACAGUGUGGCUGACACCCUGUCCCAUCUGUACCAGAUGAGUUUUGUUCACUCGAGUGGCAUCAUAAUAGAAGCAAAUGAGAGUAAAAAUGUUAAUAUGGCAAAAUAUCUGCUUGAAGGCAACAAAGGUGUGCAAAUCCAGAAAGAGGAGUCUGUUGGGGGUAACAUCAGGAACAUCAUGUUACAACUGCUACUCAAACCAACCCUAAAGCCCCAAGUAAAUAUCCUCAGAGAAACAGAGAAAGGUAAAGUGAAUACCACAGUAGUAGAGCUUCCCGUCUACCAGUCAGCCACAGCUAUCAACCUCGAAAGGGAUCAGAGAAUACAGAACAUUGUCCAGAUGAUUGAUGACUUGCUUGUUCAAGAUAAGGACUUGAAAAAAGGAAUCGUAAUGCAAGAGACUGCAGGGGGACAAGCUGAGAUGACGGUUUAUUCACUCAUCUGCAGUGAAACCAGAACUGAGAGUCAUGUUAGAGAGAGGGGAGAUGUGAAGUCUACGAUUGGAAAUCUGUUGGCUACUGCCAAUAGCCAGAGGACUGCAACAUCGUGUAGAGUGGACGAAAAUGAGAAGGGAAAUGUGAAUUUGUACAAAAGCUGCAUUGAGAAAGGAGAUCUGCACUAUCUGAAAACUCUUCGCACUGAGGCAGCAGGGGAUGAAGUUGAUCACGGCCUUCAGGCUGAGGAGCCCGUCGAUAUAGUUCAGGGGGAUGUGAAGGGAGCAAAAAGAAGUCUCUGUCAGCAAAAAGAGCAGGUUGAGCGAACCAUUUCAGACGUUUUGCCAGGGGAUGUAAAGAACACCAAAAAAGUGUUUUCGUCCGAGUGCACUUUCAGUGUCGACAGUGCCCCAAAAGAAGAAAUAAUCCCUGGCGACGUCUUUACGGCAAAGCAACAGCUUUCAGUGCAGCCACCAAUCACAGUAGAGAAAGAGGACAUCGUGGCAGGAGACAUCAAGGCAACAAUGCAGUCAUUGGAACGCGCUAAGCAACAGAGCAUGUGUGUGGAGCGGGAGAUCAUUAAACCUGGAACUAUCUAUGACAUGGACUUGUCAGUUCAAGGUCCUGAGGUGGAAGUUAGCCAAAUACAAAAAGAGGUCAUUAUAUCAGGAGACGUGAAAGCGGCUAAAAAGUCUCUUGAAAUGGCAAAGCAGCAAAGCAUGCAUGUGGAGCGUGACGUCAUUGUCCCUGGGAAAAUAUACAACCUGAAUGUCACGGCACAAGAGGAAAGCUCCUCGGCAGCGGCGCAAUCUGCAUGUUCGUCCUCCUCCAGAUGCCAGCAAACCAAGACGAAUCCAAAGGUCAGUGAUGCAGAGAGAGAUCAGGAAAGCCAUGUUUCCUUUGAGGCUUGUCAACAAAGUGCAGUUAUAGUCAGUAAUUGUGCGCCAGAAUCACUGCCACCUUUUGUAAGUUGUGAGUGUAACGGUCAGACAACAGAAGAUGAGACAGAGGAAGUGGUCAGAGGGGAUGUGAAGGCAGCUAUUAGAUCUCUGCAGAGUGCAGCGACAGAGCAGAGGCUCUUAGAUAAAGAGGAUAUUGUAAAAGGGAAUGUCCAGUUGGCUCUGCAGUCUCUUAAGAAGUCUAGUGUAAAUGUAUCUAAAGGAGACUAUAAGGCUGCAAUGAUAUACAGAAAUUCAGGGAGGGCUUGUUCAGGGAGGAGCAAGACUGUUCACAAGCAGUGUGUUGUGGUGUCUAUGCCUCCAUCUGACACAAAAUUGUCUCCUUCAAUUUCAGUAACCUGUGAAGGACAGCCAUCCAUAACAACACAGAAUUCAACACCCAACCCUGUAGUAAAUGGAAACUCUAAAUCCUCCGCGUCUGAGAGUGUAACCCCACCUCCACUCCCUCAAAAGACAAGCGAAAGACCACAGAAGCCAGCUUUGCUGCCAAAGCCGCAAUGGACAAAAUCAGUAGUUGUUGAGGAACAAAGUAUUCUACCAACCCCUGCUCCUGAAGUCUCUUGCCCCAUUCAGGACAACAUAAAAAGCGUGGCGAUUCCACAGACCGUUCAUGAAACAUACCACCAAAACCGUGUUGACGAAUUAGUUCAAGACUCAAAUCAAUCAGCUGAAUGUCGACCAAUGAACUCAAAGGCUUGGGGAAAGAUGACAAAGAAAACAGAGCAAUUUACUGGUAGCAAAUUGGACGGCCAAGUAAUGACGUCAAACAGCAGCGAGGUGGAAAUGGAGAAAAAUGUCAUCCAGAGAAUCAAUGCAGCUGAGGAGAUACAAAUGUGCAUGGAGAAAUACGCAGAGGAGGGUAAACAUGAGAUGAACGUCAGCUUGCGGGCUGCUCUGCAGAACUUUGAAAGAAAGGACAGUGAGGCUCGAAGCAAAAAAGCCCCUUUGUUGUCCAAGAAGGUAAAAAUAAUAAAUGAUAAUGUUAGUGAGCAUAAAGAAACCAACAAGUCCACUGUUCAACAACACAAACCAAAUCCGGCGAAACAACGAAUCACUGAUGACGCACAGCAAAUGUCAAAUAAAAGUCUGGCCCAUGCGUGCCAUGUACAGCAAAAUGAUCGCGAUGAAAAGCAAACCAAACCCGAGGACAAAGUUGUUUUAAGAGAGAAGAAAGUGAAGGAGACAGAAGACGAAAGACGACAGAGGCUUUCUGUGCACAAGGAGGAGAUCAUGACAGGAAAUGUGACGGCGGCAAUGGAAAUCUUCGAAAAUUUGAGGAAACGGGAGGAGCUCAAAGGAAUCCUGUCUCAAGUGCAAGAGAUUGAGGGAGAGACCAGCGCAGAUGUUAGCUCCUUGAAGACAUUGUAUGACAAUGUCCCUGCUUGGAUGGUCACACCAAGUAGAAAUGCAAAGCAACGUAAAGCGGAGGAAAAGAAAGUUGAAGUAGCGGCACAGGACGAUGAUCUAGACAGCGUCUCCUCAGUUGAGACUGCGUUUGAAGAUCUGGAGAAGGCAAGCAAGGAAAUCAUGCAUCUGAAGGAACAAACAUUAGCAAAACUCCUUGACAUUGAAGAGACAAUCAAAAAAGCUUUGUAUUCUGUCUCUAAUCUGAAAUCUGAGGCUGACAUUGCAGGGUUGUCAGGACUGUUUGAUGAGUCUUUAAAAUCUGAGCAAAACUUCCAACCUGCCAACAACAUCAGGAAAAUAAGUAUCGGGUCAAGCAAAGCCAGAUCAGGUCAUACCAGGGAGCCAUCUGACGGAAAUAAGCAGAGAGCUUCGGAUUCAAGUCCUCCUAAACAAGAAGUGCCCAGGCAAGUGCAGGCCAAGCCACUCACCAGACAGUCCUCUUCCCAGUCUUCCCCGUCGUUUAUCUCCAUUCACUCAGCGGCCAGGAGGCCUGCAGAACAACCGAAGUCCCCCAUGUCGACGUUUAAACCCAAACCAGAGGGCUAUUCUCAAAGCUGCCUCGAUGCAAAUAUUGAUCUGGGACAGGAGUCGCCCAACAGCCCUCCACAACGCAAAGUCAGCGUGCUGGAGGUGAAAAGUGUUCCGGAGCAACCCGCAGGAAUAAUCGGCACAAAGACCGUCAGCGAAACAUACGAAGAGACUGAUGGCUUUGGCAAUGUCUUCGUUUCUUCCGUGACUUCGACAUUUGUCACCAAACAGUCCGACAGUAAAUCAUCUGCGCUGUUUGAAGUAGUUGCGAGUCCGCCCAGAUAUGAAGUCAUGACAUCGCCAUUAAUUCGAAGAGCUGGCCGCCCCUUUGAAGAUAAAGCACAGAGAAACGGCAAAGAGGAAGGGACAGUGUUUGUAACAUUUAGCCAACCAAAGGAAAAGCACUGAAGACGACGCAAAGUGCGUUUCCCGCUCUCUUAAUUUGUGUAUUUAUUGCAUUAUGUUUUCAUGAAAAGAUUUUGUUAGUCACAAAAUUGAUCUUAUGAAAUCAUGAAAAUGUUGACUUUUAAUUGAACAAAAACAUGUGUCUUAUAGAUUUUAUACUGUAACCAAAUGAUAAAAAGUGUUCAGUUCUUUUAUUAAAGCGAAGCAUAUAGUUGAUACUUUCUGUUCAGUUGUGUAAAUUGUCAAAUAAAUAAAACAGUUUUAAAAAUGU